AUGAUCAAAGCCAUUGCUAGACUCCGGCGUCUUGUAAGAGAGGGUGCUACAAAGAGUGUGGAAGUUGAGGAAGCGGUGGGAAUAGUGGAAUAUGAGAGCACAGAGGGAGCCCUAAGUGUGAAGGAAGAUAACAGAAGAGGGGAAGAUGAGAGAACAGAGGAAGCCAUCAGAGCAGACUCAGAGGAAGAUGAGAGAACAGAGGAAGCCAUGAGAGCAGACUCAGAGGAAGAUAAGAGAACAGAGGAAGCCAUGAGAGCAGACUCUGAGGAAGAUCAGAGAACAGAGGAAGCCAUGAGAGCAGACUCAGAGGAAGAUGAAGAAGAGACUGUUGUGUCAAAUGAUCCUGGGGCCAUCGUUCACCGGAAUCCACGCUCAUCGAAAUGGGACUACCAGCGGCUACUACAGGAGCUGGAGAGCGCGUACGGCCCUUCCUCCGAUCAUGCGGCAGCGGUUGCAGUGGAACUGAGGCAGAGAAUACGCCAGGCUGGCAGACAUACGACGGUCUUAGCUCUUGGGAAUAUUCAUUUGGAUCAAGUCAACGAACAUGGAUAUUACAAUACGAAAGGACAAUGA